AUGGCGGCUCGCGCUGUGGGGUUGUUGGCCAGUUUACCCCUAUGUGCUCAGAGAAGUCAAGUGCUGCGUCCUAUCCACAGGCUUCUCAGUUGCCCAAGAACUGUGGCCGCAGAAAGUAAAAGAGAAGAGCAGUCGUCGGGGAGCGUGGAGACAGGCUCUGAAGGCGGGACUCCCAAAAAGACAUUCUCUGAGGUGCAGAAAGAAAGACGAGAACAGGCACAGCGAACCGUUUUGAUACAUUGUCCAAAUAAAAUCAGUGUAAAAAAGUUUCUAAAAUAUUUAUCCCAACAUGGACCUAUUAAUAAUCAUUUCUUCUAUGAGAGCUUUGGUCUUUAUGCUGUUGUAGAAUUUUGUCAAAAGGAAAGUGUAACUUCACUGCAGAAUGGAACUCGUACUCCAAGUAUGGGCACAGAGGCUGCAAUUCCAUUCAGAUCACGUGUCUUCAAUUUAAAGACGAAGAAUCCCUCAAACCCGACUUCAGAACAGUCACGUGUACAAUGUAGUAUUCAUGCACCUCCUUCUAGCAAGAAGCUUCUUGAGUUACUCUGUUACGCAGAAAGUAUAGAUGAUCAGCUGAACACUCUGCUGAAGGAAUUGCAGUUAACAGAGGAGAACACUAAGCUCCGAUACCUGACGUGUUCUCUUAUUGAAGAUAUAGCAGCUGCGUAUUUCCUGGACUGUACUGUCAGACCCUUUGGCUCUUCGGUGAACAGUUUUGGGAAAUUGGGAUGUGACUUGGACAUGUUUUUGGAUCUGGAUGAAAUUGGAAAAUUCAGCGCCAACAAGACCUCAGGAAAUUUUCUGAUGGAAUUUCAAGUGAAAAAUGUACCUUCAGAAAGAAUUGCAACUCAGAAGAUCCUGUCUGUGAUAGGAGAAUGCCUUGACCACUUUGGCCCUGGUUGUGUGGGUGUACAAAAAAUCUUAAAUGCUCGGUGUCCUCUCGUGAGGUUCUCACACCAGGCCUCUGGAUUUCAAUGUGAUUUGACUACUAACAAUAGGAUUGCCUUGAAAAGUUCUGAACUCCUUUAUAUAUAUGGUGCUCUUGAUUCACGAGUGAGAGCCUUGGUGUUCAGUAUUCGAUGUUGGGCUCGAGCACACUCAUUAACGAGCAGUAUUCCUGGUUCUUGGAUUACAAAUUUCUCUCUUACAAUGAUGGUCAUCUUUUUUCUCCAGAGGAGAUCACCCCCUAUUCUUCCAACGCUAGACUCCCUGAAAACCCUAGCAGAUGCAGAAGAUAAAUGUGUAAUAGAAGGCCACAACUGUACCUUUGUUCGUGACUUGAAUAAAAUUAAACCUUCGGGAAACACAGAAACACUAGAAUUACUACUGAAAGAAUUUUUUGAAUAUUUUGGAAAUUUCGCUUUCAAUAAAAAUUCCAUAAAUAUCCGACAGGGAAGGGAACAAAACAAACCUGAAUCUUCUCCAUUACACAUUCAGAAUCCUUUUGAAACUUCUCUCAACAUCAGCAAAAAUGUAAGUCAAAGCCAGCUACAAAAAUUUGUUGAUCUGGCCAGAGAAAGUGCCUGGAUUUUAAAUCAGGAAGAUAAAGAUCGGCCUUCCUCAUCGAGGAGUCAGCCCUGGGGGCUGGCGGCCCUGCUGUUGCCGUCUGUCGUGAACAGCGCGUCUCUCGCCGAGAGGGUAAGGAAGAAGCCCGCAAGUGAAAGAAUUAAAAGCCUGCUGGAAUCCAUAAAAAGUAGCGGUCCAGAAAAUGCCACCAGCACCAACGGGAAAAGAACAGUUAGUACUCAGGCAUGA